AUGUAACUAUUCAAUUUCUACUGUCAAAAAAAAAAAACAGUACAAACAAACAAAGCCUAAUAUUUUAAUUUUCUUAAAUUAUUAUUUAGCCAAAAAGCUUGAUGUUUCAGACUCUACUUUCUUACCCUUUUACCUUCCUCAAUCAAAGCCAUCAACAUUUCCCUUUUAAAGCGCAAAACGAAUAGCUCAGCGUUUCACUUUGAUUCCUCUCAGACUGCACUUCAUUUCCACUGUGUUAGUCCUUUCACUAUUCUCGCCCUUCCUCUCAUUCUCAUCAUUUUAUUUAUUUGCUUUCAUUGUAACUUCUUCCUUUCAUUCCUCACCCUUUGCUUCGUUAUCUCCGUUUGAUUGUCGGGGCGAAAGCGAAAUUCUCACCGUUUGAUCAUCUGCUUCUUCUCUGUUUUUUGUCUCUCAGUUUUUGUUUGCCACCUCUAUAUUUCUCAAAACCAUAAACCCAAAAAAGAAAAAAAAAAAAAACACAUUUUCGCUGAUCCCGUCCUCUCAACCAAACUCUUAAUUUAUCCUCAAUUGAAGCACUUUGUUUUCUCAUCUGUAUAUUUCAUAAAACCUCCUCUAAAACAACAAGAAGAUGGCCGAGCCAACCGGUACUGCUGUUGCUGACAAAGUUGUUGAGAAGUUAGUUGAUCGGAUUUUGAAUUUUAUUUUAAAUCCAGUCACUGUUGUGCGCAAGUGCAACGAGAAUGUUGAGAAUCUGAAGAUUGAAGUUGAGAAGCUGAAGCAUGAAAGAGAGAGUGUGGAGAGCCAUAUAGAAGAGGUUGGCAGAAGAGGAAGAUUGAUUGAUCACAAGGUCCAGACUUGGCUGACUAAAGCAGAAGAAUUCAUCAAAGCGGCAGAGGAACCUGUACGAGUCGGUGAUGAAUUUGCCAACAAGGAGUGUUUCUUUCGGCUGUGUCCCAAUCCCAUUCCUCGUUACAAGCUCAGCAAGGAAGCAGAGAAGAAUUCCCAGGAUAUUGUUCAACAUCUGGAAGUAGCUCGUGGAUUCGGUCCCCCCCUACUUUCCCACGCUCCUCCUCGACAACAGGACGUGGCUGGCGUUGUCGAAGGUUUUGAGGAGUUUCCUUCUAGAAUGGCUGUUUUGAAGCAAAUCAUGGAGGCCCUAAGAAGUCCAACGAUUAACACGAUUGGAUUGUUUGGGACUUCUGGCGUGGGGAAGACUAUGUUUGUAAAAAUGGUUAAAGGAAAAGCCAAGAAAGACAGCUUGUUCACUGCGGUCGCUAUCGCUACAAUGACAAAGGAUCGGGACUUGAAAAGUAUUCAAGAAGACAUCGCACGCGACUUGGGUUUAGAUAAGCUUCCUUUUUCAACGGAUACAGCUCCACAAGUUGCAGAUUCAAUAAGGAACAAACUGAUGGAAGAGAAGAAAUUUCUUGUUAUUUUCGAUAAUAUUGAGGAGCCUGAUAUAAAUUUCGAGGAAUUCGGAAUCCCUUCUGUAAGUCAGAUGAAGCAGUAUAUGGAGAAAAAGAAUGAAGAAGGGUCAUCUGGACAAGAUGAUAUCCUCCGCAAGAUUCUCCUAACCUCCAGAGAUGGGGAUGUUCUCUCUCGUAUGAAGAAUGAGAAAGUUCAGAAAUUUAAGCUACCUGAAUUAGAAGAUGGUGAAGCAUGGCAUCUAUUCAAGAAAAUUGUUGGCAGCAAAGUUGAAAGCUCUGAUUUUCAACCAAUGGCUAAAGAGAUCGUUGAAAAGUGUCUCGGGUUGCCCGUUGCUAUUGCAGCAGUUGGAAAUGCCUUGGAAGGUGAAGAUGAAAAGGGGUGGCAAACUGCUCUUAUAGAAUUGAGAAAGCCUACUCUACAAGGGACAUCUUCUGUUGUUUACAAGCCUAUAGAGUUGUCCUACAAUUACUUACAAGGAGAUGAACUCAUGCGAACAUUCAUUCUUUGUAGUCUGCUGGGCAAUGACUCGUCCAUUAAUGACUUGUUGAAAUAUGGUAUGGGCCUGAAUUUAUUUCAAAAGGUGAAGACAGUGGAGGAGACACGAACCAAAGUACUGACAUUGGUUCGCCGUCUGAAACUCUCUUCUUUGUUGGUUCAUGGUCACAGCAAUAUGCAUUUCGGUAUGCAUGAUCAGAUUCGGGAGGUUGCCCUGUCAAUUGCUUCUAGGGACCACGGUGUAUUUGCUUUAGUAGAUGAAGAUGAAGAAAAAGACUGGCCAGAAAAGAAGACAAUGGAAAAUUUGAAGUGGAUUUAUUUGUCAAAUGUUCAUCCUGAGCUCACGAGCAAUGGGUUGAAAUGUCCGCUGCUCACUUUCUUUCAUUUGUCUAAGAAGGGCUGUUCUCUGGCAGUUCCAACAGAUUUGUUCACUGGAACAGAAGGGCUCAAAGUCUUAUGUUUGACUAAAAUUGAUUUUCAGUCAAUGCCUUCACAAAUUCCCUUGAUCCCAACAAAGCUUAAAACAUUGCUUUUGGACCAAUGUGUGUUUAGAGUUGAAGCACUUGGCGCCAUUUUGGGAAAUCUGGAGAAUUUAGAGGUCCUCAGCCUUGCAGGCUGUGAUAUUGAAGAGUUGCCAAAAGAAGUGGAGAAGCUAACCAAGCUAAAGUUAUUAGAUGUGAGUGACUGCACCAAACUGAAAGUAAUUCCACGACAAGUCUUAGCAAGAUUGUCUAAAUUGGAAGAGCUAAAAAUGGGAAACAGCUUUGACCAAUGGGAUGAUGUGGAGGGAGGAAAUGCUAGGAUUGCUGAGCUAACGGAGUUGCGUAUGCUCACUGCUUUAGAGGUAUGUAUUCCUAAUUUCCAAGAAACUUUGUUCCCUGAAAAUUUGGAAAGGUUCAAGAUUUUCAUAGGAAUAGUGAGGAGGAACUUUUGGGAGCCUAGGUCCGAUUACUCUUGGGACAGUAACUCUUGGAACAGCCCUUUUGAAAGCUCAAAAAUAAUGAAGCUAAAGCUAGAGGGUGCAAGCAUUAAAUUUGAUGACUCAGUUAAAAAGUUGUUGAAGAAGACAGAAGAUCUGUCCCUCGAGGGAUUAAAUGGUGUUGAGAAUUUAGUUUCAGGGAGGUUGCUUCCUUCCCAUGUAUUUCCCAUGUUGGAGGUAUUGACCCUUUCCAAUUUGCAAAAAAUGGAGAAGAUAUGUCAUGGUCUGACUGGAGCAGCACCUUUUAAAGUAUUAAGCAAGAUAACCGUUGUUGGUUGUCAUCAAUUGAAGAAUCUGUUCUCCUUCUCCAUGGCCAGACAGCUUCAACUUCAAGAAAUAACAGUAGAAAAUUGCGACAACAUUGCAGAGAUUAUUGAUGACGUGGAGGAGCAAGGCAACGGAAACGAUAUCGUUGAAGAAAGUGAAGGAUGUAAGCUUGGCAACAAGCUGCGGUCCUUAACAUUAAAAGAUCUGCCAAAACUGAAUAGCUUCUUCAACGGUGGUAAUUGCAGCGGCUUCUCACUUUUCAACGAUAAGGGAGAUCAACUGGGUUUCAAGUUUGGGCUAGGUUCAAUAGCAAUCCAAUAGUUUGUGUUUUACAUUUUUACAAAAUUUUUAAAGAGUUACUUUAAUUUAUUUUAAAAAGUGCAGAUGGUUAGACAUAUUUAAAAGAAAAAUAUAUUACUCAUCAAAAAGCUGAAAAAUAUAGGAGUAUUAAAAAG